AUGGAACAAUCCGAUGAAAUUGGUGUCAGAAUCUACACUCCCUCCCCUCAACUCAACAUCGACCGCCACCCGCCGCCACCACCACCCACCAUGCCGCCACCAGACUCCACUCAAACCAGUGGUGGUCGGAAAAGGCGGGCGAUGGCGAACGGGGUCCAAAAAACGCUCUCCAAGACUUCAAUGCUCGUAAACUUCCUCCCAACCGGAACCCUCCUCACCUUCGAGAUGGUGCUUCCGUCCAUUUACGGGAAAGGCGAAUGCACCGCCGUCACAACCCUCAUGAUCAACGUCCUCCUCGGGAUUUGCACGCUUUCGUGUUUUUUCUUCCAUUUUACAGACAGUUUUCGUGGGACCGAUGGAAAGACUUACUACGGGUUUGUGAGCCCAUGGGGGCUAAAAGUCUUUAAAUCGUCCCCACCAGGUGUGGAAGUGCCUAAAGACGAGAGGUAUAAUCUCGGGUUCACGGAUUUCAUUCAUGCGAUGAUGUCAUCGAUGGUUUUCGUAGCGAUUGCAUUCUCUGAUCAUCGGGUUACGAACUGCCUGUUCCCGAGGCACACGAAGGAAAUGGAUGAAGCUAUGCAGAGUUUUCCAUUGAUGGUCGGGAUCGUGUGCAGCGGUCUGUUUUUGGUGUUUCCGAACACCAGAUAUGGGAUCGGAUGUUUAUCGGCUUAAUUUCUUGUUUGUGUUUCUUGAUUUCUUGUGGAAAAUAAGUGUAUCUUGAUGAUA